AUGUCCGGCGUCGAGGACGUGGACGCCCAGCGUAGAAACUACCGACGGCCGCACAAUGCGCAUAAUCCAAUACCCACAGUCCAAAAAUACCGCGAAGAGAAGCAGCGUAGAGAAGAAGCAUACGGCCAUGCAGAUGGCGCGAGUAACGAACCAAGCACACGAGAUCGGCUGGGGGACGCCGUCAACGUCUUCAGACAUGGUAAAGACGUAGAGUUGGAUAACGACGGCAAUGGACCAUAUCCAGUCAGAAACAAGAACAUCGAGCUAGACGAGCCAAUUGCAGACGAUCACGCCGGAAAGAACACGCCCGAGAAGAAGGAUCAGAAUCUAGCGAAAGACCAGGACAGCGACGAUGGAUUGCAGGACACAACAGAGGACGGCAUGUCCUCGUCAGACCCUAAGCAGGCCCGGAAGGAUAUGAAGAAGUUCAAAGCCGAUGGUGCAGAUCGAGAAGUCACGGAUCCCAUUACCCAUCUACCUAUUCAAAUCCACGACUACACAGACCGAGAGCUGAAGAGCACUGCAAAGAAUCCACCACCCGUAGGGUCAGAUCCACGCACGAUGACCGGCAAGGACGCCAUCAAUAAGAGUGACGAGCAUCUCAAUGAUGAGUGGCAGGAAUCACAGGAUUCACAUAUUGGUAUGCAGGCAUUGUUCCCGCCUCCGUCCUUCGAUAGGACACGAAGCGAGAUCACAACCGUCUAUAUGCAGGCUGUAACUGUUGGUGUGGGAGCAGCUGCAAUCAGCUUGAUGUUGGUGAACACACUGUUCUGGCCUACGCGCCACGCGACCGGCUGGGGAAGACAGUUGUGGAAGGCCACUGAACUCAGCACUAUGGCAGUCGUCUCCGCGGCCAUCAUACUCUUCAUGCGGCAGUGGUCAGAGAACAAGAUCAAGAAUGUGUGGGAUGCUGAGGUCUGGCAGGCGGAAAGACAAAGAGGUCAGAAACUGGCCAAGACUCAGACUGCUGAAAGUACGCAGUGGUUGAACUCGUUACUUGCGUCCAUAUGGCCAUUGAUCAACCCGGAUCUGUUUACCAGCAUUUCAGAUACACUCGAGGAUGUCAUGCAAGCUUCUCUCCCCAGUAUGGUUCGUAUGGUCGCUGUUGAAGACCUUGGUCAAGGUAGCGAGGCCCUUCGCAUCCUUGGUGUCCGAUGGCUUCCUACAGGCGGGGCUGCCAGAUCUGUAGGCUCCGAUGGAAACUUGAAGUCUCCUGACCAAGAGAAGGGCGACCGGACUGUCGAGGAUAGCGAUGAUAACGGCCAAGGCCAAGAUGACCAACCACAACAGGACACAAUGGAGGCUGAAGAUGGAGAUUUCGUAAAUGUGGAACUUGCCUUCGCAUACAGACCAUCCACAGGAAAGGGUAUCAAGUCACGCGCCAAACAUGCUCAUUUAUUAUUGGCAUUUUACAUGCCAGGCAAUAUCAAGAUACCUGUCUGGGUCGAUCUCGCUGGUGUAGUUGGCGUUAUGCGCUUCCGUCUGCAGCUCUGUCCUGAUCCUCCAUUCUUUUCAAUCUGUACCAUGGCCUUCAUGGGCCAGCCCAAAGUGACGCUAUCGUGUGUACCACUCAUCAAGAAAGGACCAAAUCUCAUGGACGUGCCUCUAAUCUCAAGCUUCGUGCAAUCAUCCAUGGAUGCAGCACUGGCCGAGUAUGUCGCACCCAAAUCUCUUACCUUGGACCUCAAAGAUAUGAUGAUGGGCGACGACUUCAAGAAGGAUACAGUCGCACAGGGUGUUAUCAUGGUGCGUAUCAAAUACGCAUUCGACUUCAAAGAGGGCGAUACCAAGAUAGGUCCUUUUGGUGGUUCUGCAGACCCUUAUGUGAGCGUGGGAUGGGCCAAGUUCGGAAAGCCGCUUUGGUCGACGCGUGUUCUCCAGCAAAACAUGAAUCCCCACUGGGACGAACACUGCUUUAUCUGUGUCACCUUUGACCAGUUGAACGUAGAUGAAAAGCUAAGGCUGCAGUUGUGGGAUUCCGACCGUUCCACUGCUGACGACGACCUGGGACGUAUAGAGGUGGACCUCAAAGAGUUGAUGAAGAGUGAUGAGACGAAUGGAAGAAUGCACGACAGAGAAGAUGGUUUCAGAGCGCUCAAGAGCGGAAAUGACAUGCCUGGGAAACUGAGCUGGAGCUUGGGUUAUUUCUCGAAAACCAGAAUCACCGAUGACCAGCUUGCUAUGCAAGACGAAGACCCCGAUGUUGAGAACAUAGACCAGUUGAAAAAGAAGAUGUACAAGGAGGCAGAGGACAAACUUCGGGAGGCGAGCGAGGAUCACCGAAACGAAGUGGAACAGCAAAAGUCUGAAGAGUUCAAGAACCGCCAAGAUCAACUCAUCAUCGCGUCCCCACCUUCUGAAGACUAUCCGUCAGGUAUCCUCAGCAUCCAGAUCCACCAGAUUACUGGCUUGGAAUUGGAAACGCUAAACAAACAAAAAGAUUCUGCGAACGCAGAGGCAACAGAUGAAGAAGAGGAAGGCGACAGCUUACCCUCCGCAUAUUGCACCAUCAUUCUCAAUCACAAGAAAAUCUUCAAAACGCGCACCAAGCCGAAGAACUCGAAGCCGUUCUUCAACGCUGGCUGCGAGCGCUUCGUUCGAGAUGUUCGCAAUACCGAAGUACACAUUGCCGUUCGUGAUGCUCGUAUACACGAAGACGACGCCUUGCUCGGUAUUGUCUACCUGCCUCUGGAAAGAGUAUUUCACAAGCGCAGCCAGAUCAAUCACAUGUUUCCCCUUGCUGGAGGUGUAGGAUAUGGCCGCAUAAGAAUCUCCAUGGUCUUCCGAAGUGUGCAAGUACAAUUACCAAGAAAUAUGCUGGGCUGGGACUACGGAACUGUGGAUAUCAAACCCUCUGUAAAAGCUAUUGACGUGCCGGAGGACCUAAAGCCCCUUCGACUCAAAGUCCGCACGCCAUUAGAACGCGCAAAGCUUCACUCGCGAGGACGGAAUGGUAAGGUCCACUCAGAAGAGGGACAGACUAUCUGGACUUCGAGGAAGGAUAGAUGCAUUCGACUCCCUGUGCGGGCACGCUACUGUGCGCCUCUUGUCUUCGAGUUUAGACAGGAUGCUACUUUCAGAGACCACACCCCAGGCUUUGGUAUCCUAUGGCUCAAGGAUAUUUCCGAUAACGAGGAGCAGACAGUACGCGUCACUAUCUGGAAAGGUGACUUGGAGCGCGCAGAAAAUAACGUGCUUGAUUCGUAUGGUGAGAAGCUGGGCGAGAUCGAAGUAACAUUGACGUUUUGGUCUGGCUUAUCAGGAUACCACGAGAAACUUGCAAAAGGCGACAAGCACAUUACCAAUGUCAUGGAGGUUCUUGAUGUCACCAAUGAUCAGGAGUGGUCCGAUUGGGAUGAUUCAGAUGGCGAUAAACCUGGAAUCAACGACAACAAGGACACCGAAAGCGACAGCUCAUCUUCGGACAGUUCGGAUUCGGAAGACGACGGUGAGGACGAGAGCGGUAGUAAGAAAUUCAUCCCAGACUUUCUCCAAGACGGUGGCAAAAGAAUCGACUCGAAGCUGAGCAUGGAGGGCAAGAGUGGUCCUGUCAGCAAGAUGAAAGAUUACAAGGAGAAUAUGCACCAGCUACAUCGUAAGAACAGGGGCAUGAUGCAGUGGAAGGGUCCACGAACAUUAGCCUGGAUGAAGCAUGUCGGCGACCGUGGAAAGAAGAAAGUGGGAAACAUGUUCCAUCACCACGAGAGGAGUGGAGGGGGUGUUGAGACAGAGGCUUGA